AUGGCAUUUGCGCGGCAAAAGUCCAUGAAAUGUUUCCUGCGUCAUGACCAACUUGGCUGCAGAUCGAGACGUCCCUGGCGGACACUCUUCGAACGCACUCUCGGAUCGUUGCCAUACGGCGCCGUCCUGAGCCUGGCGAGAGAAAAUGGAGAGGAUGACAUUCAAGCCUCGACGACAACGGCGGCGGCGGGCAAAGUUGUGUGGGCGAGCGAGGGGUUUGAGAAGCUGGCUGGCGUUGACGCUUUCGAUGUCGUCGGGCAGGAGGUCGGCUUCUUGUUCGAGGUAGGAGGUAACGAGGAGGAUGACGAAGGCGAGGAAGCAGGAGAGCUGAAGCGGAGCUUGGAACUUGGACAGGGUUGCACGCUGUGGAUGACGAUGGGGGAACAGCGGGAUGGCUUGACCAACGUGCUCUGCGUGCACCAACCGGUGACGGUGCCACCUCAGCUAAGCGAAGAGGGGAGGUACUCGGUUCUGCUUUUCUUUGAUACGGCCUCCGUCCUACUUGAGAACCCACGAAGACAAGCAACAGAAGAGCAAGGAGAAGGGGGCGAGAUUGGUGGGAAACAAGCAGACUCACUCUACCUAAAAGGGAAAGACCAAGACCGUGAGCAAUACCGACAACGGACUUGCUACAGCCUGUCGAGGGCGAUGGCACUUCUCUUGGCUGACAACGUCGCCGUUGACAUCGCCAACGGUCUUUUGAAGGAGGCCUACGUUUCUUUCGAAGGGAACAACGAUACCGACUAUCAGAGCGAAACCCUUACCCCAAGCAGUGAUGACAGGAGCGCACGCAUCGUCCACGAAAUAAGAAGGCUAGGGAGCAAAGAGGUUGGGGGAGAAGCCGGCGACGUAUAUUUGGGCGGGCAGCGGGGGAAUGGUGAAGUCAGGGGUCCGACUAGCCAGGAACAACGCUCUUUGUUGCAAUCGAAACGAUCGGGGACGACCUACUGCUCUGAUGAUGUGUCCAGAUACCCGACAGAGGAACGAGAAGGGAAAUACCUGAGAGGAGAUCUACUCAUGGAUAGCGGCAUCGUGGACGAGCAGCAGCACGGCGCCAGUCACAUCGAAGACCAACUCAUCUGUAGCGGCCAGCCGGUGAACGGCCGUGGUAGCAGAAGCGGAGACGACGACGAGGAGGAGGAAGGACGUACAAGUGGGAACAUUAGACGAAUACAACAACACCGACAACAACUACCUAAAUCAUUUCCUGCGUUCUCUGCGGCAACAGAAAGUUGCGGAGCGGCGGAAUACUCGUCGGGCGACGAGACUAGCACAGAACCAAGGGACGAUUUGCUGGGGUCUCCUGGUCGUGAAGGGGCAACGGCGGAAGCAACGGCGUCACCGGCAGAGCCAAAGCUAUUUGAUGGCGGAGAUGAGCGAAUCGAUGGGGAAUUCAACAACAACGUCCACCAUGGGGGCCUUAGCAACGGCGGUGGCAAUAGCAGCUUCGAUCGAAGCUUUCUUUCGCCAAGUAGUCGGCCUCCAAUGGCCGGCUCUCGAAUAAGCUUGGAUCGUACUCAAGAGAGCGAGGAGGAGGCCGGCACUGACACAACGACGGUGCAGAGGGAAGGCAGCGACGACCCGUACGAGGACGAUUUCUGUUGUGAUGAAGAGGACGAGUCCCUAUCCUUGUCUCUGCCUCGGCCGGCGCAGGAAGAAGGGAGAGUCACUGGCAAAUACAUCAGCAGCGACAUCACCAUCAACAAUGGUCCCGUUGUCGGCGGACACCGUGGUGUCGACGAUGGUUUUGACGUCAAGGGUCACUGGCAAGGUGACAAGGAUGAUGCCUAUUCGUCAUCGUCCUCGGAUGACGUAUACAGCGGCACGGUAGCGGGUGGGCUUCAGAUUAACCUGCACGGUGGUGGUGUCGACGGGGUGGAGAGCGAGCGCGAUGAUAACGACGAGCUGACAUGGGAGGGCUCUCCGGAAGGAUCGAGCGCACACUAUAGUUACCACAACCCAUGUCAGGAAGGUCAAGAAAUAAGUGUAGAUGGCGAUGCUACAGGUCUAAGUGCCGUUACUGAUUUUCGGGGUGGCACGGACGGCAGUAGUGCCACCAAUGGUGUUUCUCAUCGAGACAAACCACCAUGAGCUGCUCAUGCCGACGAUAGUGAAAAUUUGUUUUUUUAGUGAGAUGUUCGGUCGCAUGUACAAGUAGAACGGUUGCACGUGAAGACUUGUCAUACAGAUCGUCAUGGUAUCAAGAAGCGGCGAGUGUUAGUUUUUCGAGCAUUGCAUAAGGAGCGUCGGUUUGUAGCCAAGACACUAGAGUGCACUCCUCUUUCGUAAACAGGUGGUUACGGUACGCUCCCCCUUCGUAAACAGAGAAACAUAUUAUUCUGAUGCCAUUUUGGGAUACGUGUGACUUACUAAAUGCGGAAACCACCUGAUAAAGCUCAGGGGCAACAAGUGAAUGUCAUCAGCCAGGCCGCCGCCCCUCUCCGUACACCUUGCAUAUAGACUAUUGUAUGUUUGCUAGAAGAACUGGUUCAACUCAUUGUGCUCUUCUUUCUCAAAUGACUUGCCUUUUGGAUGUAGUGGUAACGCGUCUCCAAUACCUCCAAGGAAGAGUUAUUUCGAGCUUAGAAAUUCCUCGCAGGGGGGGAUGGGUAUUCCCCCCGCUUGUGACGAAUGGUACUGUAGUCUGUCGUAGACUGAAGUCGCCCCUGAUUGUUCGCACAGGCGCGUAGACUAAAUCCAAACAUUAAGAUAAUACGUAAAAUACUCAUUCAACCUUUUGUCAGAAAGAGAUGAUCCUCACCUCACCCCUCGCCGACCUUGCGUGUUUGACAUCGUCUGUCAAAAAACAUUGAAUAAUAACAGACAGAGACAAACCGCGGCGUAGAGGUGACGAAUCCGCUCUUCCAGGCAAGGUUAUAUCUCUCUUUCAAUCAGGAUAGAUAUCUCUCACCUUAGCACAGAUCAUAAGCAAUGUCUGUAGAGAACGACCAUGCAGAACAAUCAAGCAGUGGUGGUACGACUUCAAGCGGUGAUUGGCGACGUCCAACAGCAGUCACAAGGUUCCUCACAAGCUCCGUAAUCAGCGUAUCAGGUUCAGCACUCACAAGGGUUGGCAGUUGGUCCGGUACAAAGAUAGGGAUAUGACUCAGUUGCUCUCGCGUGAUCGGCGGU